AUGGCUUCUGUGCUCAAAUGCUCUGUAAGUGAUAGAAGCAAAGGUCCUGUUGAUGCAUCUCUAUCCUACCUUAAACGCCCAAACGUAGUCCCGACACCGGAACGCUUAUCCUCCUCCUGUUAUGGCAAAGUUCAGGGUAGGGGGGAUUUAAAUUCGCAGCUGGAUCGCUGUCCAUCGCGUCUAAGACCGCCCGCUGGGUCCCUAAAACGAUCCAUCUCCUCAAAUAUCUCUCAAUCAAGUGAAUUGACAUUGAACCCUCAAUCACCCUUAAAACGACCAGUUGUUCUUUCUGCAGGGUCUAGCUUGAGGAAGAACCAAAUGUCCUUGAGGUUACCUAUCAAAAGAAGCAAUGCGUUAGAGUCAACUCAGAAGUCCAUUCGUCAGGAUAAGAAGGCCCCAAGGGCCACAGGCCCCUCUCUUCUUGCUCCAACAGAAUCGUCAGCUCUGAAAUCUCGGAGUCUAACAGCUAGUAAAGUUAUCGCUGGUCCCAGUGUAGGUUCGAUUUCCACAUUCAAUCAAUUGGCUUUCCUUUUUACCUUUUCUGAUUUAGAACACGCAGUCGAAAUCCGUGCAGGCGAUAGUUCCCAUCGUGCCUUAGAAAGUAGCCAGCAAUCACGGAAGCUUUCCAAGCCUACUGGUGCGCUGUCGACCCGACGUUCUGGUGUGCUCACUUGUCUCAGUCCGAAAAUGAAGUUGGCAGUAAAGUCGACAAGUCAGGAGAUUUUGGAAUUGAGACAGAAAUACGACGCCAGCUUGGAAGGUUGGAAUCGGGUUUUUGGGGCUCUUUGCGUCUUCGCCCGUUGGUCAAUUGACGCCAGUGAUAAACUUCGAAUUAAAGCCCUGAACCGCGAGAAUUUGCUCACUUCUCAGCUGGACUCGAAGUCAAAGGAAUGUGCUGAAGCCAAAUCGCGAAUUGAAGAAGUCCUUCGUUGUCAAGCCGAAGAACGUACUGCAAUGCAAGCUGAAUUAGAGAAUCUGCGGUCGGUCCUUCAAGCAGAAAAGGCGAAAGACAUUGAGAAAGUUCGUCUUCAGAAAGAUGCUGACAUUUCGGAACUGCAAAAGGCCUACGAUGCACAGCUUUCGGAGGAGCGCCGAACAUGGGCGGCUCGUGUUGCGGAAUCGCAGCAGAGGUUUGCGAAGGAAUUGGACCAACAACAAAUUGACUAUGCUAACCAACUCGAGGAAGUGAAGUCUCAGAGUGCUGCUUUUGUUUCGGAACUUGAAGCUCGGCUCAAAUCCCUGGAACUUGAUCUCGCGUCUACAAAAGAUUCUCUAAUACAGGAAGAAAUUGAGAGCUUCAAGACGGCUCUAGAACUGAAAUCUGCUGAAGCAGCCGACCUGCGUCACAAAACAAUGGAACUGGAAGAAGAGUUGAAGACCAUAAAGGAUCUGAAAGUGGAAGUGGCACAGUUGCGGCACCGAAAUGAGGACUUGGAGGCCCUCUUAGAGUUGCGUGGUGAAAGCGAAAAACAACUAAACGACCGUUUUCAGACCUUAUUCCACAACCUGGAAAAGGAAAUAAAGGAAAAAAAGAAACUGAAGAUUGACUGUGAGGCCCUCCGGUUCAAAUUGCUUGACGCACACCACAAAAUUGAACUCCUGAACGCAGCCAAUGCUAGUGACGAUGAGGGUCGGGAUGAUGGGUAUAGCUUGAAUGACACCACUUACAUGUCCAGAUCUGUUUACACUGAGCAUCGAGUGAAGAGCCCUGUGCGUCAGCCAGCCAGCACACGUCGCAGUCCACGGCCGAUCUCGGAGACGCUGGAUGCAUCUGCCGGCUCCUUCAUCUCCUUUGGUCCGAGGCUGUCGAACACGCCGGCGAGACGGUGUCGGGGGCUGCAGCACGAUCGGAGCAAACGGCGAACCUUGGCUGCCUCCAGUGAACUUGAGCAACACGAUCUGCGUCCGUGA